CCCACCGCCGACGCCCGUCGCCCGAUCAGUCGUUAUCUUGGACCAGUCUUGUACGAACCUCGUCCGUCUCUGCUUCGAUUGUAGUAUAGUCACCGAGUGCUGCACAAUAUUAUAAAAUUAAUAACCGUCGAUCACGGUCGUGCAUAAAUUAACAAUUAGCGAUACACUCGUCGACGACGACUAAUUUCGCUCAGUUCCAUUCCGAUAUCCCAUAGAUUCUCUACCAAAAAUGGCCAAUAACAGAGCCACCAAGUCUGGUUUCGCCGCCGAAGCGCAACGCAAAAUCAACAGCAAAUACAGUGAAGAGCUAGCUCAAGAAUGUUUAGAGUGGGUGAGCAGCGUCACUGGUUUGCCAUUGAACACAUCUGGCGAUCCCGACAACUUUUUUGAAGUUCUUAAGGACGGACAAGUAUUAUGCCAAUUGGUUAACACUCUAAUUCCCGGAUCCGUUAAGAAAGUGAACACUAGUACAAUGGCUUUUAAGUGUAUGGAAAACAUUAAUAACUUUUUGGCUGUGGCUGUAUCGAUCGGCGUACCUUCUCAAGAAACCUUUCAAUCUGUAGAUUUAUGGGAACGCCAAAACUUGAACUCUGUGGUGAUUUGCUUGCAGUCAUUGGGUAGAAAGGCUGGUCAAUUCGGUGCUCCAAGUAUUGGACCGAAAGAAGCAGAGAAAAAUAUUCGCAACUUUAGCGAAGACAAACUUAAAGCCGGCCAAACUAUCAUCAGUCUGCAAUACGGAUCCAACAAGGGAGCAAAUCAAAGUGGACUUAACUUUGGAAACACAAGACAUAUGUAAAGGCUCGUCUUACCCUCCACAUUGUUCCAUGCCCAAAUUUAUAUACAAAACUGAUGCCGAAUUUCCCAAUAUCCUCAGAUUUUAUACACAAGUAGCAAGCAUACUCAUACAUUCCAGCGUAACAUUUUAAACUUCCUACCUUGUCAUAACCAUUCCAUAACACCAGUAUUAUUACGUAUUUAUAUAGGUGUAACUUAAUUAUUAUAUUUUACACAAACAAUCUACAAUUUCACUUUGGGCAUAAACUAUCUUCUGUUAUUAUAAUACGCGUUAAAGUUUUGAAAACAAUAUAAUGAAACAAAUUUUCGCGUUGAAGAUAUUUUGGAAAUUUUCGUCUUUUUUUUUUUUAAUAAUUAUUAAACUAUAUAAAUUAACAAGUUCAUUAUUUUUAUUUAUUUAUUUCUUGGUACAUAGUUGAAAUAUUUAUUUUGUUUAAUAUAUAUUAUUCCCAUGUAAGGUUUAUGCAUUUGUUCGGACAUUUUUAAUACUCGAAUGAUCUAUAUAUUAAGUUAUUAAAUUAACAUUGAAUAAAAAAAUUAUUAUUUAUUUUAA